AUGUAUUCUGCGGAUGAGCCAGGUCCAGACGUCCAAAAGGAGUCUGCAAUAACACCGAAGGAUCAGCUGCAAAAGUCAGAUCGUUUUGCAUCUCUACAAAGUGAUGAUCAAUUGUCUAAAGGGAGUGGAACUCAAGAGUACGACGAGGUGAGAGUGGUGGGGUUAAAACAGAACCCCUCCAAGGCUCCUGAGUCAUUGGACAAGGAUGAAGACGAUGACACUGAUGAUGACAAGGUGAACAGCAAAAAAACUUUGGAAGACGCAAUGGAGGAAGAUGACAGAGAUGAACAGGUCAAUAGCAAUGUGGUAAAUAUUCAUGACGAGGACAAGGCUAUGGUAAAGAACACCCCAACGUUGACUUUGCACAACUCUACAGAAUCGCAAGACUCAAUAACUGGGAUCCUUAUGGAGCCCUUGGACAACCCCUCUUUGCGUUCAAUGUCCACCAACAAUUACGGAACGGAUUACUAA